AAGUGGCAUUUGGGGUCUGAGCCCCUUCAGACAGGAUCCGAGAAGCCUGACUGCCCUUGGACCCGGCCUUCCUGCAGCGUGGGGCCCAGCCAGCCGGUGUCAUGAGACUUCCUCCUUGAAGCCUCCCUCUUGACUCAGACGCAUGCUCCUGUCCUUAGGAACUUGUAGAAUAAUUUCUGUUACUUGGAUAAAACGAGCCCCUCCCCGUCUCUGACAUUAGCACCUGGAGGGCAUGAAGGUGGCCCUGUGCCCCUUGCAGUGGGCCAGCCUCGCAGUGGGUGCACAGCCAGCGUGGGACAGUUGGGGCUUUUCCUCCUGACCAGCUGCAGAAAGCAAGGAGGAGAUGGCCACCAAGGAGAAGCUGCAGUGUCUGAAAGACUUUCACAAGGACAUCCUGAAGCCAUCCCCAGGGAAGAGCCCUGGCACGCGGCCUGAGGAUGAGGCUGAGGGGAAGCCUCCACAGAGGGAGAAGUGGUCCAGCAAGAUCGACUUUGUGCUCUCCGUGGCUGGUGGCUUCGUUGGUUUGGGCAAUGUCUGGCGUUUUCCGUACCUCUGCUACAAAAAUGGUGGAGGUGCAUUUCUCAUACCGUAUUUUAUUUUCCUGUUUGGGGGCGGCCUGCCUGUGUUUUUCCUGGAGGUAAUCAUAGGCCAGUACACCUCUGAAGGGGGCAUCACCUGCUGGGAAAAGAUCUGCCCCUUGUUCUCUGGCAUUGGCUAUGCCUCCAUUGUGAUCGUGUCCCUCCUGAAUGUGUACUACAUCAUCAUCUUGGCUUGGGCCACAUACUACCUGUUCCAGUCCUUCCAGUCGGAGCUGCCCUGGGCGCACUGCAACCACACCUGGAACACACCCUAUUGUAUGGAGGACACUAUGCGCAAGAACAAGAGCCUGUGGAUCUCUCUCAACACCAGCAACCUCACCUCCCCUGUCACGGAGUUCUGGGAGCGCAACGUGCUGAGCUUGUCUUCUGGAAUUGAUAGCCCCGGCUCACUGAAGUGGGACCUUGCUCUCUGCCUUCUUUUCGUCUGGUUGGUCUGUUUCUUCUGCAUCUGGAAGGGCGUCAAGUCCACCGGGAAAGUUGUCUACUUCACGGCCACUUUCCCAUUUGCUAUGCUCCUGGUGCUGCUGGUUCGUGGACUGACGCUGCCUGGUGCAGGCGCAGGCAUCAAGUUCUAUCUGUACCCUAACAUCAGUCGCCUCGAGGACCCACAGGUUUGGAUCGAUGCUGGGACCCAGAUAUUCUUCUCCUAUGCCAUCUGCUUGGGAGCCAUGACCUCACUGGGGAGCUACAACAAGUACAAGUACAACUCGUACAGGGACUGUAUGCUGCUGGGAUGCCUGAACAGUGGUACCAGUUUUGUGUCUGGCUUCGCAAUUUUUUCCAUCCUGGGCUUCAUGGCACAAGAGCAAGGGGUGGACAUUGCUGAUGUGGCUGAGUCAGGUCCUGGCCUGGCCUUCAUUGCCUACCCAAAAGCUGUGACAAUGAUGCCGCUGCCCACUUUUUGGUCCAUUCUCUUUUUUAUUAUGCUUCUCUUGCUUGGACUGGAUAGCCAGUUUGUUGAAGUUGAAGGACAGAUCACGUCCUUGGUUGAUCUUUACCCAUCCUUCCUAAGGAAGGGUUUCCGUCGGGAAAUCUUCAUCGCCUUGAUAUGUAGCAUCAGCUACCUGCUGGGGCUGACGAUGGUGACGGAGGGUGGCAUGUAUGUGUUUCAACUCUUUGACUACUAUGCAGCUAGCGGUGUAUGCCUCUUGUGGGUUGCAUUCUUUGAAUGUUUUGUUGUUGCCUGGAUAUAUGGCAGUGAUAACUUGUAUGACGGUAUUGAGGACAUGAUCGGCUAUCGGCCUGGGCCAUGGAUGAAGUACAGCUGGGCCAUAGUCACUCCAGUUCUCUGUGUUGGAUGUUUCAUUUUCUCUCUCGUCAAGUACAUACCCCUGACCUACAACAAAGUGUACGUGUACCCCACCUGGGCCAUCGGGCUGGGCUGGAGCCUGGCCCUGUCCUCCAUGGUGUGUGUCCCCUUGGUCAUGGUCAUCCGCCUCUGCCAGACAGAAGGGCCGUUCCUCGUGAGACUCAAGUACCUGCUGACCCCGAGGGAACCCAACCGCUGGGCCAUGGAUCGAGAGGGGGCCACACCCUAUAGCUCCCACUCGAGCAUGAAUGGCGCUCUCAUGAAACCCACCCACAUCAUAGUGGAGACCAUGAUGUGAGCUCUCUCGGGCUGACGGGGCUGCUUUCCUGCUGUUUACUAACAUUAGAUUCUCAUAGGACCAGGUUUACAGAGCUUUAUAUUUGCACUAGGAUUUUUUUUUUUUAAUUGUCACAGAAAAUAUUACUGUGUGCGUGUGUGUGUGCGUGUGUGUGGUGUUGUGCGUAUGUGUAUUUUGUUUUGAUUUGGGGAUAUUUUGUACAAAAAAAAAACCCCAUGGGCAGAAGUCCGGGGCAAGGCAGAGCUUUCAUACUGAAUUAGAUGUAUUUUAUGGGAACUGGUAAAUUUUCUUUGUAUUUUCUUUUUUACAUAUAAUUAUAUAUACACUUAGAGAUUGUCAUACACUUUUACCACUUGAAUUGAUCUUGCCAGCAAUAGAUCUCGUUUUCAAAAGCAAUUCUUUGGUGCUUGUGUAGCUGGCAGAAAGUUCUGCCCCAAAAAAACGCAGGGUGGAAUUUUCCUGGGACAGCCAACCCAUUUUAAAGGUGUAGUACCUCCCAGACCUGGUUCAAGUAGAAGCAGACAGCAGGGAGAGGGCCCCACCCACUGGCCAGACCCACAGGGGCUGGAGAAAGGAGAGCUGUCUCAUUACACUUGCAGCCAAGAAGAGAGAUGCCAAAGUAAUGAACCAGCCACCCGAGUUUAAAGGCACUGACUUAAAGCUGACAGGUGAGGCCCUAUAGCAAAAAAACAAAAUCCCACCUUUUAUUUUGAGAUCAGUGUAUUUGGUGAGGGAUGAGGGGUGAGUGAGUGGACCAAAGGAUGUGGGCCCCAAGGUUCGGUGGCCUGGUGUUGGGGAGGGGUGCUUUUUCCCCCUCAUCUCUCUACCCUCGUCUCCCAGAGGCUGGGAGAAACUCUUGACAAGCUCUUGUGGAAGAUCCCAGCCCAGGCCAUGCUGGCUCCUCACAGGAAGAACCAAGAGCGUCUUUGGAGGUUCACUGAAUAUCUGAAUCUAUGAAGUGCUCUCAAAACUCUUCCUCCCAGUUCAGUCACAAGUGCGACGCAGGGUAGAGCCCGGCAAUAAUAAAACUCUUCAUUUCAUCCCUGCAGUAGCUGGUGUCGGAUAUGCACUAUGUGGACCGAGAGGAGGCAGUGAGGGAGCGUUUUCUAGGAAGCUGGGGUUGUUCAGGGGGCUGGCACCCCAGAACUGGCUCUACCGAGAAUGGCGUCUUCUCUGAACCAGAGGGAAGAUACUCUACCUUUAACACAGCUCCACCCUGGCCCCCAUUUGGACCUAAACUGUGCCAUUUAAAGUCACUUCCAAGUUCAGAGUCUAAACGUCACAAGUGGCAGUGACUGCCUAGCAGGGGGGUGGGGGGUAGGGAGUGAAGUCCAGCUCAGGUUUUCAGAGCAGGGCCUCUCUGAAUCCUGAAAACCUCCCCUCCACAAAUCCAAGAGAGGGAGGAGCCUUGGUGUCCCCCUCCCAAGGGGCAGAGGCCAUUCUGAACCUCUUGUCUUGGUAAACUUUCACAUUUCACUGUUUCUAAAGCAUACACUCUGCCAAACAACACCUAUUCCAGACCGUUCACAGUUCCAGUGUGUUCCUGUUUUUCUAUGUAUUUAUGGUUGCCACUGUGUCUGAUUUGAUUUUAUUGUGUUUCCCCCCCCGAAUUUUACUGAGUAGCGAUGUGACCUGUUUCCUUCUGUCUUAUGGAACUUUAGUAAACUAACCACUGUCAGUGAUUAGGGACAGGUGACGUGUGGAUCGAGGGGGGCUUGGCAAGCUGUGGCUACCUGGGCAUCUGUGGUCAUUUCAGGCCACAUUUAUCUCCCCUCUGGGGCUCAGACCUCCAGUGAAAGGCCACAAGGUGGAGGGCAAAUCGCAACAUUCUAAAAAUGGCCCGAGGAAGGCCUCUUCUUAAAAGAUUCCCAGACCAAAUUCUAGACCAAAGACACAUGCAGACCAAGUCCCCAGGUCCCACCUGGUUGGAAGGUCAGCCACUUUCCCCAAGCCCAUUCCUCGACAGUCUCCCCCCAGCACCUGUCUCCAAUCUCUACCCUCGUGUCUAAUCCCCUAGCUCUGGUGUAUCCGCAGAACUUGGCUCUAUGAGUACAAUGUGGAAUGAUGCGUGACUUUUCUAUAUCUCCACAUAAAGGAAACUGUCAUUGGCGCUCAUGACUCUGGUCCGCUUGUCUCUGGAGAGGGGGCAAUCUGCUUAUUCUCUGCCCGGGAUGGGUCAGAAAUUCGGAUGCCCGCACAUAGUCCAGCCAGCCAGACCUGGAAGGGAUGCGAGGGAGGUGUUUAAAGAAUUUUUUUUUAGGAUGCAGAAAUGGGUAGGGGUCCCAGGAGAAAGGGAGAUGCUUCAUCGAACUGGGCCUGGGCCAUGUUAGUUCCUGCAGGGGAGCCCCACGGUCAGUGAUGGAGAGGCUUCCAGGCCCCCCAGUUGACACCCUUGUAAAAUGGGGAAAUGGAGGCCUGGGGUGGGGGAGGAACUUUGACACAACAAGUGGGAAUGGAACCAGACUGUCUGCAGUCAGUUCCAGCUGCAGGUCCUCUGAGGCGUGUGUGACGAGUGUUGAGUACAGCUCCCCAGUGUUCUCCCUGAAGACCAAAGAGGAACCUUUAGGAAAAGGGACGAGAUGAGCAGCAUCCUCCAUCCCCUCACUAUCCUUGGGCCAACUGGUCCCCAAGCUGUGACUCAGGCCUCGAGAAGGAGAGGCAGCCCCUGUUCACCUGGGCCCUGCACCCGGCAGCCCUCCCUGAGCUAGGUGUUGAGAUCCUGAUUGCAUAUGAAGAAACUGAGGCUCAGAGAAGCCAGCUGGUGUGCGGGAGGCAGAACUCUGAGGCAGAAUUCAGCCCGAGGCCACAUAGGACAUUCCCAGUCAGCAGGAAGUGGCCUUGGAUUCUGAUUUCCAGGUGGUACACAGCUCCCUCUCUGUACCUCUGGUCCCCUGAUCUCCCCCAGGUCCCCUGCACAGCCCCAGAGACAGUGAGGAAGCCAGCCCCCCUCAGCCGGUAGCACAGGGCAAUCUUGUGCCACCAGGUCCCACCGCACAGUGGCCAGUGGCCCAGCCGACCUCGCAACACUGUCCUUCUGGAUGGGGAAGUUCUGGGAAGCCAGUGCUAAAGGCAGAGGUGCCUCCCUGCCCCCAUACCUCAGACACAGGCCAGGAAGGGGCCCAAGAGAAAGCCCCUCUAGGUGGCUAGAGGGCCUCACCAGCCCUCAGACCCAAGGUCAGGUGACUCCAAACUGGUCUUUCCAUGUGGAUGCUGUAAAUACCACUGUGCAAAAAUGCAACAAGCACAAAGCCGCAAAACAAAAACCCAGAUAGCAAAAUUGGAGAGGAAUGUGGGCCCCUCCCUCUCGGAAUGCAUCUUGUUUUAAUAGGAAGCCGUUUCAUUGUUCUCUUGUGGGUGUCACUACAGACGUGUUCUGACAAAAUCCCGAAGGAUGAAGCAUCUUGUGAUACAUUUGGCUUCAAACUGAAACAUUAGCUCCAUUUUUUUUUUUUUUUACCCAAUUAAUUUUCAAAUCCUUACCAACUGUGACUCUGUAUUUAGCACAAGAGAAAGCUGGGAACGUGGGUCUUGCCUCCUUCCAGAAAUAUGUCUGGCUCAUCAGGACUUUUUUUUUUUUUAAACUUCAAAAUAUUUUUAAGAUAUUUUAAACUUUUGUAAAAAAAAAAAAUUCAACCAACAAGACACUGUUCUGAGGAGGAACAUUUGUAUUUGAAUAAGAUCCUUGGUGUGUAAUUCAGUCUUGCAAUAUACAAGCUUUUGUGUAUAAAUGUUUUAUGAUAUGAAUCCCUGUAUUCGCAGGGUUUUUCCUUUCCUCUUUUGCUUUUUAGAUACAUAUGUAUAUCAAUAUUUUAAAUCCAUCUUUGCUUUUUUUUAGAGGAGUUUGUAAUCACCUUAUAACAUGAAAAUAAACAUUUCCUUUUUAAAUCCAA